AUGGCUGGCGAGAAAUCAGAGCAGGUUACGCAUGAUGAGAUCGUCUUCUCACAAGCUGGCAAUAUUGGCGAAGAGAGACUCGACUCACAUAUCCGUGAUGACCACAAUGACCCCCAUCGAGCAGCUUUGGAGGACAUUGACCCAGAUCAAAAAGUGACCAAGUCCACGUGGGCGGCCGUCUUCUUUUUAGGAUUCACCUUUCAACCAUCACUUUCUUUUACGAUUUUGAUGGUCUUUCCGAUCCUGGUACCUAUUGCCAUCGAACUCCAGGGGAAUACCCACAAUGUCAAUUGGAUGGCUUCGGGAUGGUCUCUCGCAGGAAGUAUCGCUUUUGCCAUAGCGGGACAAACAAGUGAUUAUUUCGGACGCCGAUACAUUUUGUUGUUUGGCCAAGCCCUUCUAGUCCUGGGUCACAUCAUUGGAUGCACAGCGAACAGCGUCAACCAGGGUAUUGCGGCAAUGGUAAUCCUAGGAUUCGGGACUGGAACCACUUUCGUGAUGUACCCCGGCAUCUCCGAGCUACUGCCUAACAAGUAUCGAUCAAUUGGUCUUGCAUGGACUGAGCUUAACCUCCUACCAUUCAGCACUUUUGGUCCGCUUUUCGCCAGGUUGCUCUUGACUAAUGUCACCUGGCGAUGGGUCUUCUACUUAGGAAUCAUCUCGGGAGUCAUCUCCUUCGUUGGAACAGCAGUGUUCUAUAACCCGCCAGCAAAGCCACUUGCAGACAGAACGAGAAUGGAGGUCUUGAGAGAACUUGAUUACAUCGGCAUAUUUCUAUAUACCGCAGGCUUGACGCUGUUUCUGCUCGGUCUUGGUUGGGGUGGAGUCAGCUAUCCCUGGAGAUCCGCUGCAGUCUUAGUACCUUUGGUCCUCGGUGCCUUGUUAUUCAUUUCCGCCUUCGUAUACGACUUCAGCGGUCACGCAAAACGGCCCCUGUUCCCUAAGCGGCUUCUCGGAAAUGUACGCGAAUACACUAUUCUGCUAGUCCUAAUCUUUGUGACUGGCUUCGUCUAUUUCUCCUUGACAGACUUGAUCCCUGAGCAGAUCGGCUAUAUGUUUACCAGCAAGUCCUUGACUGCAGGACUCUACAACAUCCCCGGAGGCUUUGGUGGCGCUGGGGGUGGUGUGAUCCUUGGUGCCUUGAUCGCUCGGCUAAAACAUGUGCAAUGGCAACUCUUCAUUGGAAUUGCGUGCCAGACGCUUUUUACAGCCCUCUUCGCUCUCAUUACGCCGGAUACGGUUCCUAUGGCUCUCGUAUUCCAAUGCUUGGCCAAUCUACCUUUCGCAUGGAUCACCCUCGCUUGCUACGUGACUGCGAGUCUGCACGUACCACAAAGAGACCUCGGACUUGCUCUUGGUCUCAUUGGGACAUUUCGAUUUCUGGGUGGAGCUAUCGGAACGACUAUCUUCACUACGAUCCUGAACAAUAAGUCCGCCGUCUCCAUCCCACAACGCGUCGGCGCAGCGCUGGCACCCCUCAACUACCCGGCUUCUAAAUACGAGGCUCUCGUUACCGCAAUCGGAGCCGGUACCACAGAUACCCUAACCAAUACGCCCGUAAAUGUCAUCGCAGCAGCUUCGCGUGCAAUCCAAUGGGGUUACAGCGACGCUUUCAGAAUCACAUGGCUUGUUUCCAUACCGUUCGGUGUCAUUGCUUGCAUACUAGCUAUCUUCGUGCGAGACCCCUCGCCAUACUUCACAAAGCAUACUUCGGUUACGCUGGAGAAGGAGCGGUUGGGCGGGCGGACGACGGACGCUAAUUUGGGGAAAGAGGAUUUGGAGGGCAGUAGUCUUUGA